UAACUAAAAGAAUAAUUCUUUCAUCAGGUUUCAUUUUUAUAUGCAGCGAUGUAGUUGUGUGAAAUUACACAAAAAAGAGCACGGGAUAAACAGAAACAUGUUAUUUUAUAAGGGGGCCAUCAAGUCUGCUGAUGUUCUUUCAACUCACAUGCACUGCAAACACUGUCAGCUGAGCCCUGGGGUGAAAAGGGGAAAAGACAAAAGUUGUGAUCAGACCUGUGCUAACAAGCUCCAAAGUGUUACACAAACUUCUGGCUGGAUUAAAGUGAUUAGUCCAUUAUAUCUGAAUUAUCAGAUAUUGAGAGGGGGCACUGACUUAAAAGCUGCUCCUUUUUUGUGGCUCAGAAUUUCCUGAGAAUGACUCAACAAUGAGCAUAUCAGAUUCACAAUUGUUUCUUUUGGUACAAAGUGGUUAUAGAAACACUUCCCACUCCCCUCAGGCAGUUGCUUGGUAUUCACUCGGCUCUCAGUGCAACUCGCUACUCUGCUGUCAGGUGAUCAUCACAAGACCAAUGGCUUAAUCCUUCAGUACAAAAGCAAGACCAGAAAUGAGAGGCUUUCUUAAUGUGCAUGAAACCAGCUGGAACACAGCAUGAUUUGCCUUUAAGUGUUGUUUCCACAGAUGUUAAAACUAUCACUGAAUCUAAUUCGAAGAUACACAACGGGGGACCGUAGCAGAGAGAGAUUCUACACUCCUCUGGGGGAACUAAUUGACCGUAUCUACAAACUGAUUUGUCACCAGGAAACAAGCAGGUGAAAGAUGAUGAUUGCACUGGGCCUUGGUCUUUUUUCUCUAUUUUUCCAUCCGGACCCUGCAGAGGCUCAGUUUCCUCGAGUGUGCUGCACAGUGGAGGGGAUCCAGACCAAGCAGUGCUGCCCUGCGCUGGGCUCAGAUCCCGCUAAUGUUUGUGGCUCCCUGUCAGGGAGAGGCAUCUGCUCUGCUGUCCGAGUGGACUCCAAACCCUGGGGAGGACCGUACAGACUGAGAAAUGUCGAUGAUAGAGAGAGGUGGCCGACCAAAUUCUUCAAUCAGACUUGCAGAUGCACUGGAAACUUUGCAGGUUACAACUGUGGUCAGUGUAAGUUUGGCUGGACUGGACCAAACUGCGACCAGAGGAAAGCUCCUGUUGUGAGGAAAAACAUCCACACUUUGACCCCCGAAGAGCUCGAAGAGUUCCUGAAUGUUCUGGAACUGGCCAAGACCACCAUCCACCCAGACUAUGUCAUUGCCACCCAACACUGGCUGGGGCUGCUGGGACCAAAUGGAACCGACCCACAAGUUACCAGCAUCUCCAUCUACGACUUCUUUGUCUGGCAGCAUUACUACUCAGUCAGAGACACUCUUCUUGGUCCUGGCCGUCCAUUCAAAGCCAUUGAUUUCUCACACAAAGGCCCAGCAUUCAUUACUUGGCACAGAUAUCACCUUCUGAGUCUGGAAAGAGAGCUUCAGAGACUGACUGGCAAUGAGAACUUUGCAGUCCCCUACUGGAACUUUGCCACGGGGCAGAGUGAGUGUGAUGUUUGCACCGACCGUCUGCUGGGAGCCAGAAACCCAGACAACCCCUCGCUCAUCAGUAACCAGUCCAGAUUCUCCAGAUGGGGUGUGGUGUGCAACAGUCUGGACGACUACAAUCGCCUGGUGACUCUUUGCAACGGCACCAAUGAGGGUUUCAUUCAGAGAGGGAUCAUGGAGAGAGGAAACAUGUCUCUGCCAACCAUGAAUGAUGUCAGAAGCUGUCUUGGCAUCAGGGACUUUGACAGCCCUCCCUAUUUCACCAACUCCUCCUUUAGCUUUAGAAAUGCUCUUGAGGGCUAUGACAAGCCAGACGGACAACUGGACGAAUCAGUCGAUAACCUUCACAACCUUGUCCACUCUUUGCUCAAUGGAACCAGCUCUUUGCCUCACUCUGCGGCCAACGACCCCAUCUUUCUGGUGCUCCAUGCUUUCACCGAUGCCAUUUUCGACGAGUGGAUGAGGAGGUUUGUUCCAAACAACGCCACCUUCCCAGAUGAGAUGGCCCCCAUCGGUCACAACAGGGACUACAACAUGGUUCCCUUCUUCCCUCCCAUCACUAAUGAGGAGAUCUAUGUCCCAUCUGAGCAGCUGGGGUAUUCCUAUGCCAUUGCCCUGGAUGAUGCAGAUGGAGGGCCGAGCGUGUUCGUGCUGGGUUCCACUCUGGGGGGAGUCUUCAUCGGUCUCCUGGUACUUCUCCUUAUCUUUGUGCUCUACCUGCGUCAGCGGAGAAACAGAGGCUUUGAACCUCUGAUAAAAGCAGAUUUCACAAAUAGAAAGUACACAGAGGAAGCCUAGAUUUCACCUGUCGUACUGAAAUGCACUUCAGUGCUCAUACAUACCUAAGAGCGAUGGAGCAGCCGCUCUACAGUGUUCUGUAGGCUCGGCUGUGAAGCGCAAGGAAAAUAUUAAUGCUUCAAAUGAAUGACGUUUAUGCUUUUUAGAUAGCAAAUCAAAUUUCAUGUAGGAAAAAUCAUGUGAAUGUUAUUCUAAUAAUUGGAAAAUAUUAAUAGAAAGUCGCCACACAUUUCAAACUAGUGUAAAUGAAUGUAUACUUUGACCAGAGCGGAAAGAUCCUUUUAGAAAAUGUCAAAACACGACCCUUUUUUCCACCAGUA